ACACACUCCCGGGGUGUCGCUUCAUCGCACGCCGGGGGUGGCAACCCUUCCAAAGUUACGAAGACCUCUGGUGGGAGGGGUCCUCGGGCCGGGCUGACCUUCUCAAAAGGCGGCGUGGCAAUCACGGGUUCCGGUCGCAAGAAGCGGAAAAACUAUCCUGUGUCCUGGGGGUGUCCGACGGACAAGAUGAAGAUGAAGAAGCGCGUCUUGUGCGUAUAUGAUGGUGCGCGCCGGCUGUGGAAAGACGAUAUGAUGCUAGAUCAGGAUUUCGAAGUUCGCAUGAAGCUGCCCGAUGGCAGGUCGUAUGUUACCGACUUGGAUGUGCAGACGAUGAAGAGAGCCGAGGCGAUACAUGGCUCUACACCUGAUGAACGGGGUCCGUGGAUUCCCGAUAAUGUUAUCGGUGCCGGCGAGAUCGAAGAGUUUAUGGUUCCGGCCAGAUGA